CAGCAACACAAGCAACUUAAUUGUCCAAAGUUGAUGCUAUUUAUAACUUGUAUUUAGUCCCUAUAAAUAUAUAAGUUUAGGUGAGAGAAAGUCACAAAUAUAGCAUCAUUGAAAAUGGACGUUGAGCAUCACAGCCACAGGGGCAGGCAUCACAGGUCAGCCUCCGGUCUGACCGUCGUGGCUCACUUCUUUGGCAUACUCUCCACCAUUCUCAUGCUCGUCUGGCUGCUCCAUUAUCGAGAGGGCCUCGACCUCGACUCUGACGACGCCCGUCGCGUCUUCAACGUUCACCCCUUCCUCAUGUUUUUUGGCUUCAUUUUCAUGGCCGGUGAAGCUAUGAUGGCGUACAAGACUGUGAGAGCAGAGUGGCAAGUGAGGAAAUUUGUUCACCUCUUCUUCCACUUGGUAGCGAUUGUUUUAGGGAUUGUUGGACUGCAUGCUGCCUUCAAAUAUCACGAUCAAGUCGGCCUCACCGACAUGUAUAGCUUGCAUUCUUGGAUUGGAAUGGGCACUUUCACUCUCUACUGUGCUCAGGUACGUUUAGGCAUGUAUUCAUCAUCUCUUAACUUCUUGUAUCGCACCGGAGCAAAACUAGUAUAUUCCUUUAUAUGGCAGUGGCUGCUUGGGAUCGCCGUAUUUCUGCCUCGAAGCUCCUCGGAGUCCAAGGCGAGGAUUGCCCCGUGGCAUGUCAACGGUGGCCGAGCACUCCUCUUCAUGGCCGUCGCGACGGCCUUGACGGGGCUGAUGCAGAAGGCGACCUCGAUGAGGCUGCAGCACCAGAACGAGGGGCGUCUAAUCAACUUUCUUGGCAUCAGUAUUCUGCUUUUCGGCAUCGCUGUUGAUGUUUCUGUCGCUCUUGCGCGUUAUGCAUGAACAAGUUUUUCUUUUUUUUCCUUUCCCUCGAUUGGUUUCAUGUUUCUUGGUGAUUUGUGAGUGAUUGUUCUAGUAGGAAUUCUUGAUUUGUUGUAUAUUUGGAGUUUCAAUAUUGUGUUGUGCAAAUAAAUGAAACAUAAUGAUUGUAUACA